AUGGCUGCCCAAAUCCUGGACUUCAGCGAUCCCUUCAGCACUGAGGUGAAGCCGAGGAUCCUGCUCAUGGGCCUGAGGAGAAGUGGCAAGUCGUCGAUUCAGAAAGUGGUCUUUCACAAAAUGUCUCCCAACGAAACACUGUUCUUGGAGAGCACGAAUAAGAUCUGCCGGGAAGAUGUUUCCAACAGCUCCUUUGUGAAUUUUCAGAUUUGGGACUUCCCAGGACAGAUUGACUUUUUUGACCCUACAUUUGACUAUGAGAUGAUCUUCCGGGGAACAGGAGCCCUGAUAUUUGUCAUAGAUUCCCAGGACGAUUACAUGGAAGCCCUCGCCCGACUGCACCUCACAGUGACCAGGGCCUACAAAGUGAACACUGACAUCAACUUCGAGGUGUUUAUUCAUAAAGUGGAUGGUCUGUCCGAUGACCACAAAAUUGAAACCCAAAGAGAUAUUCAUCAGCGGGCAAACGAUGACCUGGCAGACGCCGGAUUAGAAAAAAUUCACCUCAGCUUUUAUCUGACAAGCAUAUAUGAUCAUUCAAUAUUUGAAGCUUUUAGCAAAGUGGUUCAGAAACUAAUUCCACAACUCCCCACCCUGGAGAACUUGCUAAACAUCUUUAUCUCUAAUUCUGGAAUUGAAAAGGCAUUUCUAUUUGAUGUGGUCAGUAAAAUUUAUAUUGCAACUGAUAGCACCCCAGUAGAUAUGCAAACCUAUGAGCUCUGCUGUGAUAUGAUUGAUGUGGUGAUUGACAUCUCUUGUAUUUAUGGUCUCAAAGAAGACGGAGCAGGAACCCCCUAUGACAAGGAAUCAACAGCCAUUAUAAAGCUGAAUAAUACCACAGUUCUUUAUUUAAAGGAGGUGACAAAGUUCCUGGCUCUUGUUUGCUUUGUCAGAGAGGAAAGCUUUGAAAGAAAAGGGCUUAUUGACUAUAAUUUUCAUUGCUUCCGGAAGGCCAUCCAUGAAGUUUUUGAGGUGAGAAUGAAAGUGGUGAAAUCGAGAAAGGUUCAGAAUCAACUGCAGAAGAAAAAAGGAGCCACCCCCAAUGGGACCCCUAGAGUGCUGCUGUAGGUGAGGUUUCAGGAACAUCUUUUGAAAUCAGGCCUUUCAGUGAGGCUGCUGCACUGUGUUGCACUAAAGGAAGGGGACGAAGAGAUUGGGACACAUAACAUAAAUUUGUUGUAAAAAUAAAAAUCCUGUGACCCUUUUGAUCUUUUCUUUUUUAAAUAAAGCAAGCACUUUGAAGCAAAAACUUGUAUACUAAUAGUGAAGUUAAAUCCACUGUAAUUUCAUGACAUAAAUGUACACUUUUAUGGUCUGUAGUCAGAAAAAUCCUGUGUGAGAACUGCCAGGAACUGUAUAUAUUUUGCACUUUUUCAUUGAACUAAACUUUGAUAAAACUUUUGUAAGCUUUUUCUGUA